AUGGCCAAGGCUACCAAAUCUAUAUGCAUUGUAGGCGGCGACGUCGACUCCCUCUGUUUGGCUCUAUACCUAUCCAAAAAUAAACACCACGUCAAACUACUAAACGUUAAGAGCAAAUGCAGCCUGAUUAACACUACGUACUCGAACGACAACGUAUUCGAAGUGGGAAGGCACUACACCUUCUCCCUUGGUGAACCCUCUUCUCGUUUCAAUGAACUGCUUCGAUGGGUCAAUGCAGAGGAUGAAGUUAUUUUGAGCAAUCCAUACGCAAACAACCUUUCCUACCUGGAUGAAUUUGGACGGAUAUACCGAGUCAAUAAAUUUAUUUUCAAAAUUUUGUUCUACCUUUUGAGAGACCACCUGUUUGGAUCAUCUAUCGCUAAUCCUAAGGACGAAAGAAUGGACUCAUUCUUAUCGAAACGCUUCGAUGCUAACUUAUUCGAAAGUGUGAUUCGUCCAUACUGCUUCCACUACUUUGGGUACUCUCCUCGGGAUGUAUUAAUGCGCUCCCAUUUCCCAGAGUUUAUGGAUCGCUUGGAGAAAGAAAAAUCACUCAUCAAGGCCCUACGCGUAACCGCCAAAAAGGGUAACUCCCCCAUGUUUGCCAAAAAGAAGAAAAUCGGAAAAUUCGCCAAGGGAAAUCUCACACUCGUGAAGAAACUUCGGGACCACCUAGAAUUAUGCAGCAAUGUCCAAGUGAUAAAUGGGACGGGAGAUCUGCAGAUAAGGUGCAUGCGCCACGGGGUGAAGGUGCGUCUGGGAAGAAAGACCAUGAAAUGUAACGAAAUUAUUUUCUGUUUGAGUCCACCCGAAUUGAAGAACCUUCUGCGGAAUGUGAUUUUUGAGGAGAAGAAAAAGGACGCGCUCGUGGAAAAGUACUUGUCGAAAUUCCGCUCCCACGCGGUUAGAAUUUCUAACGUUUGUUUUUCCAAGAAUGUGUUGCCAUUCUCGUAUUCAUUGGAAUCCCUCCUUUUGUUCAAACGGAACAAACAGAACAAGUUGAUAUCUCUGUUGUACGACCGCAACAUAUUUCCCCCCCAAUGUAAUGGGUGUAGUGGACUCGAUGAAUACCAUCCAGGAGAUCCUUCGCCAGAGGGGAGUUUUUACGAGACCAGCUUGCGAUUCAUGAGCAGAGAAACGGAUGAACACAAAUCGGUGGAGGAAAUAAAUGCUUUCCUUCGAGAUGUACUGGGUGUGAAGGAGAAGCCCGACUUGCACAUGAGCCACGUUCACCAAGUGUUCCCCUUCGAUGCGCGCGCCGACCAAGUGUACAGAAGGAUAAUUAGCAGAAAAUGCCAAAGGGUACGUAUCUUCUGGACAUUCUACUUUUUUAGAAGCUUCGAGUAUUGCCUGGAGGAGGCCAAGCGGUUUAGUGACACGGUGUACUGA